ACUUUAUAUCCGGGUCAGUGAGUUGCUGAAUUCAAAGUCCAUAGUUACAACUAUUUAGUUUCAAAGGCAAAACUAAUUUGGGUUGUCAGGAUGUCAUUUUUUUUCCAUUUUCUAUCAAACAUCAGCUGAUAGGCAAAGAGCUUGAAGCUGUCCUCCACGCUGCAGAUAAUGGCAAAAAUAACAGCCACUUAAUGUUACCAUACGGGGUGUGGCUUUUUUCUCCGAUGGCUCCUCUCGCUGUGUCUCUCAUGAUAAACUCAAUGGGGUUGUCUAUUUUUAACUUCCUGUUCUUUCCUUUUGGCAGAGUAAUCAGUGUGAGCAGGGCUCUUUCCCUGAAUGAAUCCCAGUAACCCCAGUGUUUGCCUUCUGAAAUGAACAGCAGACACGCAUCUGUGCAGAGGCUGCCCAAGAAAUAAACUCUGCUUCUACAGUGCCAUGUCCGGACAAGGAGCUCCUGCUGUGGGCUUUUCCACGACAACUGUCAGUUCAGUCGUCGUGCAGGCUGGGGACUCCAAGAUUGUGAUAGCUGUCAUAAAGUGUGGCAAAUGGGUACAAUUUCAACUGGCUGAGUCACAGCCCAAUCUUCUAGAAAUUGGGAGCAGUCAAGAUGAAACCAAAAAAUUGCUUCAUGAUCAUGAACUUCUUUUGGCCAAGCUCAAGGCCUUGGAAGAUGGAGUGUGGGAACUCUUGCAAGAAGCAGACAAGACAGCUGAAGAGAACAAAGACCAGAGUUUGGUCUAUGAUGCUAUGGCCCAGACCCUGGGUGAAGCAUGGGCAGCCCUGGUUUCCAUGCUGGAAAGAAGAAGGGAGCUCCUUAGGUUGACCUCUGAGUUUUUUGAAAGUGCACUGGAGUUUGCUAUUAAAAUAGACCAAGCUGAAGAUUUCCUCCAGAGUCCUCAUGAGUUUGAGAAUCCUGAGUCCUUAAAAUCACUUCUUCAGCUUCAUGAACAUCAUACCAAAGAACUCUUAGAACGUUCUCUUGCCCUUUUAAACAGAAGCUACCAACUUACUGACUUCAUAGAAAAAUUCAAGAGUGAUGGAUCUAGUGUGAAUUCUGAGCUGAUUCAGGGAGCUAACAGCAGCUGCCUGAAGAUUGAAAGCCUCCUUGAACUUUUACAAGACAGGAGACGGCAACUAGACAAGUAUCUGCAGCAACAGCGGCAAGAAUUGGCUCAGGUUCUGCAGAUAUGUCUAUGGGACCAACAAGAAAACCAGGUUACUUGUUGGUUUGAGAAAAACCUAAGUGAUUUGCAGGAACAAGGACUAGGUUCAUCACUUUCAGAUAAUGAGAAGCUAAUUUGUAAGCAUGAAGAACUGAUUAUAAAAGCAAAGGAAUGGAAUUCUGCUGUAGAGAAGCUGAAGAGCGAGGCCCUGGAUAUUGUGCUGUCAAAGGACUCUGCGGAGAAAGAUCACCUACAGUUGUCUAACAAGAAACUGAAUCAGCUUCAGGAGGAGUUUGGUCAACUCGUGAUGGAAAGGAAAGCUUGUUUAACAAAGGCAAAUGAUUUUUUUCACAGUGCUAACAAGGCAUUUGAUGUACUGGGACGAGUUGAAGCUUACCUUAAGCUCCUUAAAUCAGAGAGUUUAAGUCUGCCUGUCUUGGCAGCGAGGCAUGAGGAAUUACACAGAGAAAUUAAAGACUGCACAGCUGAUGCUUUGCAAAAGGGACAAACCUUAAUCAGUCAAGUUGACUCCUGCAGCCCACAGGUGACUGGUAUCCAUGAGACGGUGGUUUGCCUUCAGAGACAAGUGGAUCAUCUGAUAGAACAGUGCUCUGCGCACAAAGAAUUUGCUCUUAAAAAGCAGAAAUUAGCAGCCUCCGUGGAGGAUUUCCUAAGGAAGGUAGAAAUAUCAAUUCAGAAAAUCAGUCCGGUACUUUUCAAUGCAAUGGAUAUUAGUUCCAGCCUUUCUGAAUCAGAGAAGAUUUUGAAUAAGUAUCUAGAACUAGAUAUCCAAACUAAGGACACAGCACAUGCCUUAGAAGCAGCUAGAAGAAUGCUGACAGAGAAAAAUGAAUUUCAACCUAAUGAAGCACCAUCACUUUCUUUUAAAGCUAAAUGGCUAGAAGAAGAACUACAUAUACUUGGCCAACAUGUCAACUUCAGGUCACAAGUCUAUCAAAUUUAUGUGGCAUUUCUAAAGUCAUCAGAAGAGGCAGAGGAACUGUUUCAGAGCCUAAAGGAGUUUUAUCACAGUGAAAUCCCUCGGAAGGAAGAGGAUGAUCCUAAGGCCAACUAUUGGUCUGACUCCGCAGAUAAGCGCUGGCAGCUAUUUUUAAAGAAGAGUUUUGUAACCCAAGACUUAGGGCAUGAGUUCCUUAACUUAAUAAAUAUGGCAAAGGCAAAUGAGAUACUAAAUGUAAAAACUGAAGUGCACAUAAUGAGUAACACUAUGGAAAAGCAGAAGACUGAAAGAGAAGAACUUAGCCACCUUCGGAUGGCCUGGCGCCUUAAUGCCACGACAAGUCAGCCUGUAAAACAGCAGUGGGGAACGUUUGAAGAGAGACUUAGGAAGACUACGCACAACUUAAAACUUCUUCAGGAAGUACUUAUGCCAGUAUCUGCACUUGACCUUGGAGGGAGUCUUCAGACCAUUUCAGAUCUUCGGAAAAAAUGGAAUGAAAUGAAACUUCAGUUUCAGCAACUGCAGGAUGAGGUCCAGUUCAUCAUGAAGGAAUCAGAAGCAUUAAUUGCCAGGAGAGCCCCUGUGAAAGAGAAGUCUCAACAGCUGACAGACCUUAUUCAACUCCAUCAGAAGCAGGCAGAGAGAAUCCAUGACUACGAGGAAAUUCUAUACAAAACGGUACAAUUCCACCAAGUUAAGGAUCAGCUGGAAGAUCUCAUGAAAUCCACAGAACUGGAGUUUCUAGAGCAGUUGAAUGAAGUGGCUGAUGCUGAGGAGACCAGGAUGUACCUCAAUCGCUGUCAGGAAAAGCGGGCACAUGUAGAGCAUCUGCACAAGCUGGCCCUUUCCCUUGGAGUGGACAUCAUCUCAUUAGUGCAGCAGCCUAAUUGCUCUAAUGUUUCUGCAAAGAACCUGCAGCAGCUGCUGGAGGGCUUGGAGGUGGACAACAUAACCUGGCGUGGCAAAACUCAGGAGUGUGAACAGGCCCUAUCCUAUAGCUUGGAGUACUGGACCACUCAGGACGAGAUCCAUGAGCUCAAAGAGUCAUUCAAAGACAUCAAAAAGAAAUUCAACAAUCUGAAGUUUAAUUACACUAAGAAAAAUGAAAAAUCUCGAAAUCUAAAGGCUCUUAAGUAUCAUAUUCAACAAGUUGAUGUGUAUGAUGAAAAAAUCCAGUCUUUGAGAAAGAAAAUGGAAAAAAUUCACAGUAAAACUUCUGAUUCUUUCUUAAAUUACUCAAGUAAGAAAGUUAACUUCCUUCUGGAAGCCAUGAAAGAUUUGCAAAAACAUAUGGAUGACUUUGACAAAAUUGUCACUGACUACAAGAUGGCUUUGGACCUGACUGAGCAUCUCCAGGAAGUAAUAGAAGAGUGUAACUUUUGGUAUGAAGAUGCAAGUGCCACGAUUGUAAGAGUAGGAAAAUAUUCUAUGGAGUGCAAAACCAAGGAAGCUGUGGAAAUUCUCCACCAACAAUUCAAUAAGUUUAUUACCCCCUCAGUGCCUCAUCAAGAAGAAAGAAUUCAGGAGGUCACAGACCUUGCUCAGCGCUUAUAUGGUUUUGAAGAAGGACAGAAAUAUGCUGAGAAGAUAGUGGUAAGACACAAAGAGAUUCUUGAAUCUACUACUGAAUUGUGUGGGUCUCUCACGGAGCUGGAAGAAAAACUAAAGGGAGGUGUUCUAAAUAUGAAUCUGAAUUUGGAGAAUUUCCAUGACAAUUGCAUUGACCUACUAAAGGAACCAGCAAGAAAUAAGCAGACAGUAUUCAAAGAAGAAAGGAAUAAGGGGCCAAUUCAGGAGGCCACUGUCUUGACUGUCAAUGGAACAGGGGGAGAUGAUGAUCCAGAGGACCUAGGCCAGCUAUCUUCUGCCAAAGAAGGUGAAGUUCCCAGCACGCUGCUGCCGGAAGACAUGCCAUCAGAAGAAUCUGAGUGUGUCUCACCUGAUGACAUCUCCUUACCUCCACUCCCAGGGAGCCCAAAGUCCACCCUGGAACCCUCAGACAUGGAAGUAGAAGAGCCUCCCAGCUCCUCCACUCUCACCAUUCACAUCAGCAGCUACAAGAUGCAGAUAGGAACAGCCAAUCCAGAGGAGGCCUUGGAAUCAGUUCUUCCACCACCUAUUGCUUUUGCAGAUGGGUGCAAUGAUAAGGGAGACACCUGUUCCAGUCAUUUUGAGAGACCCUCUCCUCAAACCAAAGCUGACACACCAUUAGCUUCUAGAGGAUUUCAGAACAAAAGUACCAUCUUACACAACAUCCACACUAAACAUCCAGAGAGCAUGCCGAGUGACAUGCAUGAGAGCGCUUUCCAGCGGCACCCCCAGGCUCAGAGAAGCUUGCUAGAAACCCAGGAAAAAAUGCAUGCUGAUGAUAAUGUCACUAAAACCCAAGAUAGGCUGCAUGCUUCCCCUGAUGUGUUCCAAGGCCUUGGUUUUCAAUCAGACACUAGCCAGGGCCAAAACAGACAAAUGAGUCCCCAAGAAGAAAUGAAAAGCACAUCUACAAAGAACAGCGUGGUCAGCCUAGCUGGCCAGGCACCUCAUUUCUCCAGGCUCCUGUCCAAUAUAACUGUCACGGAAGGUGCUCCAGUGACUUUGGAAGUUGAAGUAACAGGAUUUCCAGAGCCUACACUGACAUGGUACAAGAAGGGCCAGAAAUUGUCUACAGAUGGGCACUUACAGGUUUUACAGAAGGAGACAAAGCACUCGGUAUUCAUUCCGAAGGUAUGCAAGGCAGACGAAGGACUCUAUGUGGUUCAGGCACAAAACUCUAGUGGGACUCUGUCCUCCAAUAUCAGCAUCCACGUGACAGGUAACCUCAAGCCACCAAUCACAAGAAUAAACUGGAUUAUGCUGUGUAUCAUCUAUAUUAGUGUGUCCCUAAUGUACUGGCUACUCACCCAAUGACUGCAGUAUUGACGUGUAUGGACUUUGUUGUUAGGAGCCUAAAGGACAGUAGAAUUAUUUUACAACACUUCACUACCUGGCCAUUUUGUUUGUUUGACUAGUACCACUGCUACAUGAAGUAAUAUUUUUUGCUUAGUUUUUAAUAUAUUGAGGGAGGUCAGUAAGUUAUGUGCAGUGAAUAAAGAUACAUUUGGUAAAAAGGGUUCAGUAUAAUAUGCCACUGAAUUGUAUGCUGCUUAUUCUCUCCUAAAGAAUAAUGUAUAUGUUCACAUAGCAUAGAGAUAAUUGGCUAAUUUUAAAAUUAUAUAUCUUUUAUUAUUGCUUUAAUAUUUUAAUAUUGCUUUAAAAUAUACUGCUUUGUAGGGCAUAUUGGUAGAAAUGUUGAAGUUGUGACUUUCAGUACUCCAUUAGCUAUUCUUUAAUUUUAUUUUUUAAUGAAUUGAUCUCAUCUACUGAAGUGCAUUCUAUGUUGUUUCUUUAUAAACUACAUUGCAAAGUGUGAGGAUGCCACUAUAAACGUCAUUUCUCAUGCUGAUCUCCUGGGUUUGACACUGGAGGAUAGAUCUGAUGUCAACUUUAAAUGGAGUUUCAAUCUUCUAUUAGUUGUGUGUGUCAAAUAGCAAGAUAGAACACACUGUUCAGGAAUAGACACCUGUCAUGCCACUGAUCUGUGUCAGUCAUCCAUAUAAACAAUUGCAAUCAAGUCCACCUGCUUCUAAUCUUGAUUCUGCUGCUCAGCACUUUUAUAGCCUAUGGUAAGGCAUCUUACUGCCUCCGUUUCCCAUCUAGAAAAUGGGUUCAUCAUCUACCUCAUAGACAAUUGAGAGAUUUCAGUCUG